UUUCGCUUUCGUCCUCGCUGUGUUCAGGAGCCUGCUCAAAUCCCAUGUCAUUUUCUCUCCUUUUUUCUACCUUUCUUUUUCAACUCCCCUUAUUCUGUUCAUCCUGAUCCUACAUCGCUUAUCGACUCCCGGCGACCCGUCUCGAUCGGUCUAGCGAGAGAGAGUGUGUGUGUGUGAAAGAGAGAGAGCCUCUCCCUCGUCCCGCCUUGCGUCCAAGUUUGCCGCCCGCCGUCCCAUCCCAAAGGCGCGAACAGCGAGCGCGACGACCAACCAUCACGACCUUCAUCAACCAGACAAACUCUCAGACCCCCCUUUUGCCGCGACCUUCUUGCCCCAAACGCCCCCCCCGUCUCUCGUCCCCACGCUUCGACGCACGUAGGCAUUCGCUUGCUCUACCGUACAACCCAACUCGCCCUACCUCACCGGAGACGACCGACCCUCUUUCGUCUGCUUCGUCCGAACCUCGCCAAUUGCAUCGCGACGCCGUGACGCCCCCCCGCUCGCCCGGCCGAAGUCUGUGACACGUCUGGCUCCAGCACCCGACACGUCUGCACAGGGGGUUACGGCACGCUUCUGCCACUUCGAAACGCCUGUCAUGGCGCGACUUUCGUUUUCUACGGCCUUGUUGCCGCUGAAAUCUUCCUCCUUGAUCGCCGUCGCUGCAACAAUCCUCACAUCUCUCCCCAUGGCUCUAGGUCACGAACACGGCGUCAGCCACAUCCAGGAGGGCGAGACCGUCUCGCAGGAACCCAUCGACACGACGUUAUGGAUACACAUCUUCAUCAUGAUGCUGGCCUUCGGCGUCAUCUUCCCCGUCGGCAUGGUGCUGGGAAUGACCAAGAACCGCUGGCACGUUCCGACUCAAGUCCUCGGGUCCGCCCUCGCCAUUCUUGGCUACUUCCUCGGCCAUAUGCACCGCGGCCGACAAUUCGUCGCCCACAACGUCCACGCCUCCUUUGCGAACUGGCUUAUGAUCAUCAUGGCCGCCCAGGUCGGCCUGGGUAUCUACCUGAGGCUACAUCUUGAAAAGGGCAUCAACGGCCGCAUCCGCCGAUUCAUCAAGCCCGCCCACGGCUUCCUGGGCAAGGCCUCCCCCGUCCUGGCCUGGACGCAGUUCCUGUUUGGCGGCAUUACCUCGUUGGGUUUCUGCCAGGGCGACCACCUGGGCCAGUGCCUGGCGCACUUCAUCAUGGGCAGCGCCUUCAUCGCUUACGGCAUCAUCCUGACUCUGCUGCUCCUCGUCGGGCAGCUGUGGAUCCGCCGCAGCGGGCGGUCGCAAGAGUUCUUCGACAGCAUCGUCAUCGCGGCGUGGGGCUGCGUCAACACGUUCACCGAGCACCGGUGGGGCACCGAAUGGGUCAGGAACGACUGGCAGCACACGACCAUGGGUAUCAUCUGGUGGUGCGCCGGUCUCGUUGGCAUCUGGCUCAGCCGCGACCGCGACGGCAACCCCAAGCGGAACUUCAUCCCCGGCUUCGUCAUCGGUAUCACUGGCUGGGGCAUGUCAGCCCACCCGCAGGACCUCCCCAUUAGUGCCAUGACGCACAACAUGUUUGGCAAGACCUUGAUGGGAGUCGGCAUCACCCGUGUCAUCGAGGUGGCUUUUGUCGUCAAGGACGCCACGGGCGUCUCGGCCGAUGGACGCCAGACGAACAGCUGGCAGUUUAUUCCUGUUUUUCUUUUGUACGCGUCUGGUUUCCUCUUCAUGGGCGCCACCGAAGAGCAGAUGGCCCUCGUCGCCAACUCUGGCCUCGACCACGUUUCCUACAUCCUCAUCCUGUACUCGUUCGCAUUCCUGCUGUUCCUCUUCACCAUGAUGCUUAUCCACCUCUUUGACCGCAACGCCAGCACGGAUGGCAAGGUCGUCCUGGAGAAUGGUGUGCCGGUAGUCAACGGGCGUCCCGGCGAGAACCGCCAGGUACGUGAUGCCGAGGAGUUCGAACUCGAGGGUCUCAUGAGCGACGACGAGGACGAGGCGCGCAAGGGCCUGAAGGACGACACGGACGACGACCAAGGUCUGGGAAGCCCGAGCAGCCCCAGUACGAUCGGCAAGAACAGCGACCGAGUGGCGCGGUGAGGCAAGGCAAGGCAUAUAUAGAUACAUACAUAUAUAUACAUACAAAUACGGUUCAUGGGCCUUUGAAGAAGGAUAGACAGGGAUGGCGUAUCUCGCAUUCAGGUUAGGCGUUUGGUUCUGGGAGACUUACGCAAUUGUAACGGGAUGGAGAGGAAGCGUCUGGACGGAUAGGAAUCUCGCAUUUGCAGAGUUUGACGAUCAAGCCCCUUUCCCUCCCCCCAGCAUCUCCACCUCUACACUAUGGAUACAUUCGCACAACACUACUUGAUCUGCCAAUCAUGGCAUUUAGUUUAUCUUGGAACAAAACUUCACCAAGGGGGGGAUGAUCAUGUAGAGUUGAUCUAGCGGAAUUGUUGUAAAAAUAAAAAAAAAACAAGAAUACAAACUCACCUUAUAU